AAAGCGAGCUGAAACAAAUUCAGUCUGCUUGUUGUCGUGUGACUUGGUAGUACUGCUUGGCAAUGGCUCCGUCCCUCAACUUGUCCGACGACCAGCGGUUCGCCCUCAUGAAGUUGAGGAGAAACGUAUCGGACUGCAGUCAAUCACAACACGAUGACCUCUUCCUCUUACGUUGGCUUAGAGCACGCAAUUUUAACGUAGAAGCUGCUGAAAAAAUGCUGCGAGACUCCCUUAGAUGGAGAGACAAUUGGGAAGUGGAGAAGCUAAGAGACUGGGUACCUCCAGAGGUAAUGCAGAAGUACUACCCCAGUGGGAUAUCAGGAUAUGAUAAAGAAGGAGCUCCAGUAAUAAUUGUUCCUUUUGCUGGCCUGGAUAUGUGGGGAAUGAUGCACUGUAUUAACAAAAGUGAUUUCAUUAAAAUGACAAUCAAAACUCUGGAAAUGUAUAUGAGUAUAGCAAGAGAGCAAGCAGAGAAAUUUGGCAACGAAGCAUCUAAGCUUAUUUGUGUCAUGGAUAUGGAAAAUUUCAAUAUACGUCAGUAUGCUUGGAGACCAGCUGGAGAAGUUGUUGUAGCACUGGUCCAAAUGUAUGAAGCCAAUUACCCAGAGAUCCUCAAAGCCUGUUACAUAAUUAAUGCUCCGAAAGUAUUUGCCAUUGCUUUUGCCGUGGUAAAGAAUUUCAUGAAUGAACACACACUGAGAAAAAUCCAAAUCAUUAAGAGUGAUCCUCAAAAGUGGCAGCCCAUUCUGCUGGCAUCUAUUGAGCCUGACCAACUGCCAGCUCAUUUUGGUGGAACCUUAACUGAUCCAGAUGGGAAUCCCAGAUAUGCAACUAAAGUUGCUCAGGGAGGAAAGAUUCCAAAGUCUUACUAUACCAAAAAGACUGACAGCACAAGUCCACCACUAAAUGACACCUUCACAACUGUUGUAAUUAAGAAAGGUGAAAAACUGAAUCUACCAUUCAUAGCUCCAACAGAAAAUUCCAUAUUAAAAUGGGAGUUCCAAUCUGAAGGGCAAGAUAUCAAAUUUGGUAUAACUUGCCAAGAUAUCGAUGGAACAGAGUCUACAGUAGUGCCAGUCCACAAGGUUAAUAGCCACCAUUCAAACGAAAUUGGAGUAAUAACAUGUCCAACACCAGCUACCUAUACUGUGAUAUUUGAUAAUACCAACAGUUACAUUCGCAGCAAGAAGAUACACUACUCUAUUGCAAUGGUUUCCCCUUUGACAGCUAAGGAUGAUGAUACUGAGGAUGAUAAAAUAACAAUACAAGAAGGUUGAGAAAGAAAUUCAUUAGUAAGGUACCCGUGUACAGUGUUUUAUACUGGAAUUCACAACUUCAUUCCGUGGCCAAAUGAUUUUUAUACAUAUAUCAAUAACUACAGUGAAGAACUCUAUCUUCUGGGAUAUAAGGUUAUCACAUAGUCUGCUGAAUGGAUUACAAAGCGUUAUAUCCCAGAAAACAGAACUCUUCACAACCCAAAGAGAACCCAAAAUUCUAAAUAACUACAAUGUUCGGGAAACUGGAAGAAGGGUGAGAAUGAAAUGAAAGACAUACUACUGCACAAAAUGGCCAAUUACUUGUAUAUACAUAUUAUAGAAAUAUAUUGCAAAAACAUUCGUGAGAGAGCAGUACUGAAUAAUUAUGUAUUAUCAGCUGGCUAGAAUUAAGUGGCUUAUAUUUAUAGCAAAUUAAAUGAACUGAACUAAAAUCAGGGCAUAAUAAUUAAGAAACAAAAAGAUAAUAUUAAAUGAAUAUACAAAUCAUAAUGCAGUAGGUGUGAUAUUUGUUAAAACUCUUUGAAUAAAUUAUGUACAAAUAAAUAUUCUCAGGCCUUAAACUUGUAUGUCAGCUGGUGACAUGAUAUGUAUAUAGGUGUUACUAUUUUCAUAAAUGUAUUUAUCUACAUAAGAACAAUGCUGGGAAAUAUAUUUUCAAUGCUUUCAGAAAAUAUGUGAAAAUGCAAAUUAAAUGCUUCACAACUCUUUUUCAAA